ACAAGAGAUUUUUGUAAUUGUUAUAUUUAAAUGGUUUAGAACCUACAUUAAUAUGAUUAAAAAAGAUUAUUUGUCAUUUCAUUAAGUUUUUGAAUAAAGAGUAUAGUUUAAAGGUCACUAAAGACGUGUUGCUUAAGCUAGAGGUUCAAGCUAUAAUGACUCGGAUUAUUCAAAGUUAAUUGAUUAAAUGGUUGGGUUUUAGUAUAAGAUGAGAAGAAGAAAUCAUUAAAUUUAAGAGUAGCAAAUAUAAGCAAAAAAUGAUAUACUAUCUUAACGAUUAAUGUCUAUUUAGAAAACUGAGCCAAAAUUGCAAUUAAAUGAAUUAAAAAUAUUUAGUUCUCGAAAGUAGUUUCAACUGCAACUUGAUCGAGAAGUAAUAAAACAAAAUUCUCGACUGAGAGAGAGAAUAAAGUCAAUGUAUAAUUAGGAAUUAUAUAAAGUGAGUCGUAAUUAAAUAGAAAAUCUUUGAAUUAAGAUUUUGUGAAACAUUAAAUUACUUUGGAGCGAAUGUAAAAGUAUAAGAGAAAGAAUAAUCGAUGUGUAUUAAAAUCGUUAGAGAGAAUAGAAAAUAGUGAAUCACAAAAAUAAUAAUUUAAAUUCAAUAACCAAACAAUAAAAACUGAGCCAGAAUAGGAAUAUAGUGCAUGCAGAUCAAACACUAAUAAAAUACUGAGUUUUAUAAAUCUAAUUGAUUGA